GAGAGACUUUCUGGUGUUUUAUGAGGUUGGAAAAAAACUUCCAACAAGCAACAGAUAAUGGUUUCAAAGAUCGCAUCAUGUUGUGUUUGUCUCAAGAUCGGCACUACGACUCUGUUUACACUAAACAAUUCAUCUCAAAUGCUGCGUUCUGUCAAUCUCUUAUUUAUGAAACAUUGUACAAAGGAGUUUUUGAACUUCUUGAAGUGGAUUAUGCUGUUAAAAAGAUGUUACACGACAAAUCAUCAAAAUAUCAAAGGGAUUCAAGCUCUUUUCUAAUGAAUGGGUUAGCUCUGCGACUCGAAAUAAGGGACAGUUACUUCAAUGUCAAAGACUUGUUAACUCUGGGAGUUACCCCAUUUCCCUACAAAGUGGCUAAAUCAUUAGAUCCAGAUAUUUAUAGAAAUGUUGAAUAUGACACUUGGAAUGAUAUUCGGCGAGGACUGAGGUAUGGAAUGUACAUGUGGAACAAUCGAGAACUGCAAGUUGGAGUAAAGUGCCUCGUGAAGCUUCAGCCAGACCGAGUUUGCCAUGCGCACAUUCAGGACAUGGCCCCAAAUAAAGGACCAGUUGUUGUAUUUGUUGAAGAACUGGGUGAGAAGGUGACAGUGGACUAUGAGAGCUUAGAGCUACUACCUCAGCCUCCACAACCUCCAUCUCUGCCCUUGCCUCUGAAACAGCUGAGACAACUGCAGACAAUAAAGGCACUUACUCAUGAUAUGCUGCCACAUGAAGACAUAGGUGAAAAAGAUGUCUGUACUGAAUCAUUAACAGUUAGUAAUUCUGAUAAAGAUGAUGUUUGGCGAAUUGUACCAGAAUCAGACGGGAAAGCUGCUCCAAAGCUAAAAAUGUUUGCAGAACUUUCAAAGCCUAGCAAAAGAUCAAGCAAAGCAUUUCGAACCAAAACCAAAGAUUUACAGUUACAGUCAAGUUCAGAUUCUGUCAAGAAUCAAGCUGAGGCCAAUUCAGUUGUUUCUAGUUCUGACUGUAACUAUCAACAACAAGAUGUGUUGAACUAUCAGCAGGAGAGCUAUGAAGAAUACAAUUCCCAGGGUUAUAUGCAACAGGAUGUUAACAUUCAGGCAGCAGACGAGGAGAUGGAACAGAAGGGCACUGAGGUGGAUUCCAGCACGCCUCCGACUGUUUUGUGUCUGGAACCCCAACACUACUACAUACCCAGCACAGAGACUUAUCCCCACCCCACCUACUGUUACGUGCCACACAAACCUGAGG